ACAGGAAGACUCACUUCUGACCUUCAGUAACUUUUGGUUGGAAGUUGACAGUUCACAGUGAGACAUCAUGGGGGUCGCAGCUCUUUGCUUCAGACUCUUAAUAUCUGUGAUCGUCCUGCAACGUGCACACGGUCAGGAAGGCAAUGCAGUUUUGCAGGUUGUCCCAAACAAACUGCAGUUCUUUGAAUAUGACACUGUAAGUUUUCUUUGCAAAGGCCUCGAUAGCUCAUCCGAAUGGAAAGUUGUACAUAACUCCAGGAGAAAAUCCCUUCAAUGUUCUAAUACCAGGACACCAACAACACUGACAUGCACCUUCAAAGGUAUUUAUAAAGAGGAAAGUGGAGAAUACUGGUGUGAAGCUGGAGCGAAGAAGAGAACUAACAGUGUCGUCAUCACUGUUACUCCUGGUUCCGUCAUCCUGGAGAGUCCUGCUCUUCCUGUAUCAGAGGGAAAGGAAGUGACUUUGCGUUGCAGAAACAAGAUGACCUCCAGCUCUAUCUUCAUGACUUAUUUCUAUAAAGAUGGAGUCCUCAUGCACAACAGUACCACAGGAAACCUGAUCAUCCACAAUGUGUUCAAGUCAGAUGAAGGACGGUACAAGUGUAGGAUCUCUGCAGCUGGAGAGUCUGCAGAGAACUGGCUGAAUGUUACAGCUGGUUCCGUCAUCCUGGAGAGUCCUGCUCUUCCUGUAUCAGAGGGAAAGGAAGUGACUUUGCGUUGCAGAAACAAGACGACCUCCAGCUCUAUCUUCACGACUUAUUUCUAUAAAGAUGGAGUCCUCAUGCACAACAGUACCACAGGAAACCUGAUCAUCCACAAUGUGUUCAAGUCAGAUGAAGGACGGUACAAGUGUAGGAUCUCUGCAGCUGGAGAGUCUGCAGAGAACUGGCUGAAUGUUACAGCCUCAGGUUUUAAACUAGGUGGACCCAUUACUCAUCUUUCCUGUGGUGAUGCUGUCCCAUGGAUCGUCAGCACUAUCCUGUUGACAGUUCUGCUGUGCUUCUCUACCUGUCGACACCUGCACCUGGAUCAGACUCAGCAGAAGAAACAACAGGUUGUUUGUGGAACCAGCUCUAUAUGA